AUGGACUCCACUACUGGUCAAGCAAAGAUUGCGCCUGCAUACCCAAAGCAAAGGCGCACUCAUCCCAUCGAGACCAACAGGAUUGCUGUCUCAGGCGUAUGCAACAGCGACCGCAGUCACCAGAGAGCUGCUCUACCCACAGCCGUUGUACUUCACGGGGAGARUAAGCAGAAGGACGACCCGCAGUACGUAUAUCAAUGGGAAAAAGUUGGAUACCGCGCCGCGUGGGUGUCCGUAUCCCAGGUUCCGUUCCUGUAUCUGCUGUCGUGCAAGUUGAACCCCAUCACACUGCUCACCGGUAUCAGCUAUGAACGCUUCAACUGGCUUCAUCGAUGGGCAGCGAGGACACUGUUCCUGACCGUGGUCGUCCACUGGUCGUUUUUCUACCACUCAUGGGCGAUUUACGAUAUUGUCACUGCUCAGAUGAGCUUUAUGCCGAUGGUGAAAUGGGGGUUUGCAGCUUGGGGUGUUCUGACGUGGAUGAUACUAUCGGGAUUUGGCUUCUUCCGUGCACUUAGCUAUGAGCUUUUCGUCGUCCAGCAUAUCGCUGGCGCAGGAGUGAUGCUUUGGCUGUUGUUUGUCCACGUACCCUUGAAAGCCCGAUAUAACAUUUGGAUAUCGGUCGCCUUUCUCGCUUUCGAUUGGGGUGGACGUAUAAUCCAUGGUGUACUUCAAAAUACUCACCUACUCGGACGACUGAAGAGCAAGGUUCCUGGCUACACGGUACAUCUAGAGUCUCUGCCCGGAGAUGUCACCCGGGUCACAGUUCAAAACGUCGACUUUUCUUGGAACGCUGGCCAGCACAUCUAUCUCAACAUCCCGAGCCUGCGUGUGUUUGAGACGCAUCCCUUCACCAUCGCAAGUGCGCCUCGAGAUAUUGGUGGGGUGACUGUGAACAGCUUGAGCAUCCUCAUACAGGCUCGUUCGGGCUUCUCUCGCAGCGUCUUCAAAGCAGCUUCGAAAGAUGCUGGGACCGGUCGUCGUCGUCGCGCUUUCGUGAGCGGUCCGUGGGGUACUCCGCCCCGACUAUCGCACUACGAGACUGUAGUACUGAUUGCUUGCUCUUCCGGGGCCGCCUUUGUUGUUCCACUGCUUCACGAUGCGAUUCGAGAGCGCGGGUGUGUACGGAACAUUGAGCUUCACUGGAUUGUGCGCACCGAGGAUCACUACGGCUGGUUUCGAGAAGAGCUGGAGGCGCUAAUCGAGCAUUCGCAUGAUCUGGAGUUGAAAUCACAAAUUCAUAUCCAUGUCACUCGCUCUACUCCCCCGAACAAUUGGGUCGAGAUGACUACCAUGACCAAGAAGGCUGUUGUCAGCGCCAUCUGCGAUUCAAAGGAGGAACGAUCGAGCACUUCAAGCAUCCCUUCAAUGGAGAACGAUAGUGCACCUCUGUCACCGUCACGGCAUAGCCCCAGAAGACAGACUACUCCAGUUUUGAGCAGAAGACAUGGACGCCCGACACUCGAUUCCAUUAUUCGCCCGGCGGUUGAACAGGCGCUAGGCGAGACUGCUGUUGUUGUAUGUGGAGGACUCUCGAUUGCUGCAGAAAGUCGCACCUAUGUCGCCAGCCUCGCGGAUGAACGUGCGGUACACAAGGGUACCAACGCUCAGGGGAUUUAUUUGUUCACCGAGACUUAUGGAUGGUGA